GGAGUAGAGAUGCCCUAAGGCCUAAAGCUGACAAGCAAAUCCCAAACACCCUAAAUAGCACUCCUUUACAUCUCCAUCCCAGUAAACCUCUGCUAAACCCUAGUGCCACGAUGAGAUUUAGCUGUCACCUCUCAAGCUAACUACAAAUUGGAGCAUUAUCGACGCCAAUUUCUAUAACUUCAGUUCUCAAUCUAUGCUUGAUAUAGGAUCCCAAAUAAAGAGGAAUGUCAAUAAUUACUCAAUCCAAACGAAUUUCCUCCAAAGUAUUGAAUUUGAAGAGCAACAAGAAUAUUCAUUUGUAUUCUAGUGUCACUACAAAUCCUCCCAAAGAGUCCAUCAUCUCAUCUUCUUCUUCUAUCCUGAGUGAUCAGUCCACAUCAUCAUCAACUCCACCUGAAACUGCAGCAGCAGCCACCACAGGUGGUGGUGGAAAAGGACAACCAUGGAGUUUUCUCAAGUUUUCUUUAAUUGCAGCGGUUACUGGAGGUGUUGCCACUGCUGGUUAUGCCACCUACGCAUAUAGUUUAGAAGAAGUUUAUGAGAAGACAAAGGCUUUGCGUACAAUGAAAAAAGUUUCUAUAGGUGAUGAUUUGUCUUCAUUUCAGAAAUUUCAAACCAUGCUAAAAUCAACUGCAAUUACAGUUCCUGCUAAAUUAGUUGAGCUUUAUUUGGAGAUGCGUGAAUCUACAGAAGAACAUGUUCGAGGUUUUACAGAACCCUUAUCAGAUAAACUCCUUCCAGAUUUGCAUCCACAAGAGCAACAUGUGUUCACAUUGGUUUUGGACCUCAAUGAAACUUUACUCUACUCUGAUUGGAAGCGUGAGAGAGGUUGGAGAACUUUCAAAAGACCAGGAGUCGAUGAGUUUUUAGAACAGCUAGCCCAAUUUUAUGAAAUUAUAAUCUAUUCCGAUCAGCAGUCCAUGUAUGUUGAUCCUGUUGUUGAUAGAUUAGAUGGAAACCACUGCAUAAGAUACAGACUAUCAAGGGCUGCAACUAGAUAUCAAGAUGGGAAGCACUAUAGAGAUUUGUCAAAACUUAAUAGAGAUCCUUCAAGAAUUUUGUAUGUGAGUGGGAAUGCUGUUGAGAGUUGCCUUCAACAAGAAAACUGUGUUCCAGUAAAACCAUGGAAAUGUGAAUCUGAUGACACUGCAUUGGUUGAUCUUAUUCCAUUUCUUGAAUAUAUUGCACGAAAUAGGCCUGGUGAUAUUCGACAUGUUCUUGCUUCAUACAAUGGAAAUGAUAUAGCCAAAGAGUUCAUUGAACGUUCUAAAGAAUAUCAGAGGAGAAUGCAGGAGCAGAAGCAACCAGGGCGUCUGUGGAGACGCUGAGUAAAUUAUUAUUAUUGCUAUUGAAGUUUAAUAUUAAUUAAAUUAUAUUAUUUUGUCUUGUAUAAUACAUUGAUAGAAUAACAGAUUCAUAAAAUUUGGUUUACAUGUUAAUAAAUUCUAUUUAACUUUAAUAUCAGUAACUUUUUACUAA